AUGCCCGUCUCGCGGCAUACCGCAUCCCUAACAGGGCUCUUCAGGUUAAUGGUUGAACGUGAGCAUCAUGGUAUACUUAACAGUGUCAAUAACCUUGGCUUAGUACUUAACAGACAAGGGAACUAUAAUGAGACAAAAGCAAUGUAUCGACGCGACCUGGAAGAAAGUAAGAAGAUGCUUGGACCUGAACAUCCCGACAUGCUCACCAGUAACAACAACCUUGGCUUAGUGCACUUGAGGCAGGACAAAUAUGAAGAGACAGGAGCGAUACAUUGACGGAUAUUAGGAAGAUAUAAGAAAAUACUUAGACCUGAACAUCCCGACACGCCUAACAGUAUUAAUAACCUUCGCAGUGUGCUUGACAGCCAAGGCAAAUAUAAAGAGACAAAAGUAAUAUAUCAUCAGAUGUCGGAAGCGCGAGAGAAGGUGUUGGGACGUGAUCAUCCCGACAUGCUUACCAGUGUCAGCCAUCUUGGCAGUGUACUUAGCAGCCAAGGGAAAUAUAAAGAGGCGGAAGCGAUGCUUCAACGGGCGAAAGAAGGCACUUUAACAUGGACACCCUGCAACAACCGCUAGCUAUAUACGAUCAUGAAGCAUUCGACCUCGCGGGAUGAACAUCUUGUUGUGCAGGUCAUGCAUUGGUCUGCCAAGUGUAUGGAAGUGAAUGAUCCCACUGAUAUUGCAGCGAAUAUACUAGUAGUGACUAUAAAUGGAGACCCCGCAUCUUAA